UAAAGUAACCUAUCUAGGCCUCCUUUGUUUUCGUCCCUAUGAAGUCCCAAAGCAAAUAAAUAUAAAAAGUUUCAGGCACAAUGAUGAAGGACCCAUUACCAUAAUUUGGCUUUUCUUUUGCAAUUAUAAUUCAGAUGGGUGAGGGCCAUUGCAGCAGUCUAGCUUCUGCCAUGGGAAAAUGGUUUCCUUGGUUCUUGAGAAUAGGGAUCAUGGGGCUCGUCAUGUUCGCCGGUGUGACAUCUGCGGAUCAAAUCGAUGCUCCUUCAACCAGCGAACUUUGUAUCAGUGAUUGUGCCACAUGUCCUGUCAUAUGUUCGCCGCCGCCUCCGCUGCUAAAGUCAUUUUCACCACCAUCACCCUCGGUGCACCAUUCAUCCCCGCCGCCACCACCACUGCUAAAGCCUUUUCCACCACCAUCACGAGCACCGACUCCACCAGAGGCUGCUCCAUAUACUUCAUGGGGAUCUCCUCCUCCACCUCCGCCUCCCUUUAAGUACUACAACAAUAUGCCUCCUUCAGGUCCGGUGACUCCGAUGCCACCUAACGGAGGAGUACCCCGCGAUUAUCCCUAUCCUUACUACUACUUUUAUGCCUCCCACGCUCCUUCACUUUCCCUUGAUGCUUCCUUUGUCUUUAUGUUACUAUUUCUCUUUCAUUUUGUGCUUUCUUGUUGGUGAGUGAAACAAGACAACAAGUUGUUCUCUGGGAAACUAUGGAGUCUGAAGGAGCCUAUGUACCCAGAUUGUUCAUAUAUUUUUCAGUUUAUUUGCUUCCUUUUUUGUUUUGUUUAUCAUUCUACUUAUGUUUAUAGAUACAAACAUCUUAUUUUUUGUUGAAUGAGUACGAUGUAUUUAUUUGAUUUGUAUAACUUUGUCCAUUAUGAGAAAAUAAAGGACAAGCAUAUAUACUUGAGAGACAUGUUAGAGACUAGCACC